AUGCACAUGCAGACGGCGGUUGCUUACGGACGGGGACCCCCUGCCGUUAUCGAGUGGCGGGUUGGUUGCAUGCAGUUGCCGUCACAUCGCCCUGAUUUCUCCCUUAAUCGCCUCGUCGCGGGAAAAGAAAUGUGA